AUGGAUCAAACAACAACAAGUAUUAAUAGUUUUACGACGACUGACAGAGAAUUGGAAAACAAUUUGAAAGACCUACUCGAGAGAAUCUUAAUCUAAGUAGAAAAGCAUAUAGAAACGAAGGAAGAGUUAAAUUAAAUAGAAUCAGAACUGAAAGAUUAUGAAAGUUUAUCACAUCUGGUUGGGAUCAUUAAGGUCAUCUUCACAAAACUGAUGCUAAAAAUUGAGAAGAAGAUUUUGUAAGUAAAAUACAUUCAUGCUAUCAAUAGAAAAUUAGAAAAAUUCAAUGAUCCUGCGUAAACUAGAUUUUCAAGAGAUGAUGAUGAAUACGAAAAAUUAGAAUCAACUUUAAUCAAGUAUGAAUAAGAAAUCAGAAAGCAUAUAAGUGUAUUUUAUUUAUUGAUGACUAGAUUGAAUAAUAAUUGAAACUAUAUGCUGAAUCAAUAUAAAAUAAAUUAGAUGAAAGCGAAGAAAUACGUCAAGAAUUGUUAGAAACAACAAAAAGCAACAUAAGUGUAUUAUAUAUUAAAUAAUAAUAUCUAGAAAUUGAAGAGAGAAAACCAAGAAUUACAUGAGAAGGAAUAAUCUCUUUAAUAAGAACUGGUAUAACUGAAAUAAACCAUUUAUUAAUUUGAAAAGGAAGGCAAAAGAAAACAGAUUGAAGUUAAUCAAAGAGAAUAUCUCUAAAAUUUAAUUUAUAAACAAGCCAAUCAAUCUUCACAUAAAUGUGGAAAUUAGAAGUUAUUUUAAGAGCCAAGAUAAUCCAAUUCCCAUUCCGAACAUAAAUUAACUGGAAAUCACGUUAUGAGAGAAUCAUUAGAGAUGAGUGAUAUCAUAUUGCCUACUCAAUAAUCAUAAAAAAACAAUUACUAUAGCAUUUUAGGAAAUGCUAACAAAUAAAAAAAGUCAGAUAUGAUCAAAUCGCUUUAAUAACGAGAUUUUAAUAAGAUCUAUGGUUAGAUAAUGAAAACCAAACAUAAUUCAUUAUCAUCAAUCAACGACAUCAUGUUAAGUAUCUCUCAGCAAGAAAGAAAGAGAAUUGAAAAAGUUUAUUCGGUUUCAAAAAAUAGUUCCUAAAAUAGCAGUGUCAUUCAAAGACCAAAGGGUAACUCCAUUAUAAAAAUUAUACUUAGAUUACAAUGAAUAUCAGUAGAGAAGCAGAAGUUCCAAAAGAGCUGAAGAUACAAUAUAGUACAAAACCUUAGAUUCUUUAAUAAAGUUGAAGUGA